AUUGCGGAAGCAUCAACAGCAGCGACAACGCAAACGUCGAUAGAUGGGACCAGUGAACGGAUUGAUGAACUGAAUGAAACUGAUGACGAAACUAAGGAUGUGGACAGUGGAACUGAUGAGGGAGAUGAUGGAGAUAGUACACUGACUGAUUUGGGCUCAACAUGUAGUGGAUUGACUGAUUUAUCCGGCCUAUCUGACUUGGAUUUCCAACUGCCGGAACCUCCAGAGGGUACCACUGAUGCUGGUGCUGAGGAUACGGAGCUGGGAGUUGUUGAGUUUGGCAUGAGCAACGAUACUGGGUGUGGGAAGAAGAGGAAGAACAUGUGGCGAAAGAAACUGGAGAAGCGCAAACGCAUCAAGCAUCAGCAGUAA